AUGACACCUGACAUGACUUCUGUACCACCUUUGCUCUCUGCAAAUGCAACAUUUAUUCGCCCUUCUGCUUUUUAUAUCAAUGGAUUUUACAAUAUUCCACAUACAAACUACUACUAUGUAUUUCUUUGCACUGUCUUUGCUGUGACAGUUUUGGGGAAUUCUUUCAUAAUGUGCAUCAUCUAUCUGGCGCGUACCCUCCAUACAGCAAAAUAUAUUGCUGUGUUUAACUUGGCUCUUUCUGAUUUGGGUGGUAGCUCCGCUCUUAUUCCAAAGCUUAUUGAUACUUUUCUGUUUGAGAAUCAGGUCAUAGCAUAUGAAGCCUGUCUGGCAAACAUGUAUUUUGUCUUGUUCUUUAUGACCUUGCAGUCUCUUACUCUGCUUGUUAUGGGCUAUGACAGGGUAGUUGCAAUAUGUUUUCCUUUAAGGUACAGUGUCAUUGUUAACAAAGCGGCAAUGACUUUAAUCAUCAUUAUUGUCUGGAUUUUCUCUAUAACUAUCAUUGCACUUCUUAUAUCUCUGAUAACCAGAUUGUCCUUCUGUAGAUCUAUAAUCAUCGACAGCUAUUUCUGUGAUCAUGGUCCUACCUAUAUUUUAGCUUGUAAUGAUAAAUUUAUAAAUUAUGUCAUAGCUAUAGUCUGUUUUGCUGUGCUGGUUUGUGUUCCAGUGAUAUUCAUAACUGUUUCAUAUAUUUGUAUUGGCAUUGCCUUGAUGAAUAUGUCACAUGGCUUUGAGCGGAAAACAGCUUUGAAAACCUGUACUUCCCACCUUAUUUUAGUGGGUUUAUUUUAUGUCCCACAUUUAGCCACCAAUAUAUCAGUUCUUACAUCAUCUUUAAAACCCAAUGUUAGGAUAAUUAAUUCUACUCUGACGCAGACUAUUCCACCCAUGUUAAACCCCAUUAUAUAUACUUUAAAGACAAAGGAGGUCUUGCAUGCUGUUAAAGUGCUUUACAAACGGGUCAAAGCAGUAGUGAUACAUGGCAUUUCCAGUGGAUAG